CCCGCCCGCCUGCCCGCCUGCCCGCCCGGCCGCCCGCUCGUUCGCUCCCUCGCUCGCUCCCUAGACCCCCGGGCCGGCUGAGAUGCUACCGCCGCUGCUCCUGCUGCUGCAGCCGCUGCAAGAAACUUCUUAAAUGACCGCGAUCUGCCUGCGGGGGACCGUUUCUGGGUUGGGGCGAGGAGACGAAAGUGGAAAAAAACUGAGAACUUCCUGAGCCCUACUCGCCGGGAGACAUGGCUGAGACUCCAGCUCAGUGUAGCAUUAAGCAAGAACGAGUUUCCUACUCACCUCCGGAGAGCCCGGUGUCCAGCUACGUGCCUCAAGUAUCCCACUACGGCCACUCAACACCGAUUCAUGUCUCAGUGCCCCGAGCUCUCAGGAUGGAGGAAGAGUCGAUUCGCCUGCCUGCGCAUCUGCGCUUGCAGCCAGUUUACUGGAGCAGAGAUGACGUAGCCCAGUGGAUCAAGUGGGCUGAAAAUGAGUUUUCUCUACGGCCCAUUGAUAGCAACACGUUCGAAAUGAAUGGCAAAGCGCUCUUGCUGCUGACCAAAGAGGACUUCCGCUACCGAUCUCCUCAUUCAGGCGAUGUUCUGUAUGAACUCCUUCAGCAUAUUCUGAAGCAGAGGAAACCUCGAAUUCUUUUCCCACCGUUCUUCCACCCUGGAAAUUCUCUUCACACCCAGCCAGAAGUCCUGUUGCAUCAGAACCAUGAAGAAGAGAAUUGUCACCAGCGGCCGGUGGAGAACGUGCAGCACAACCCUCCCACCAUCGAACUGUUACACCGAUCACGGUCGCCCGUCACCAAUCACCGGCCCUCUCCCGACCCCGAGCAGCGGCCCCUGCGCUCCCCCCUGGACAACAUGAUCCGGCGCCUCUCCCCAGCCGAGAGGGCCCAGGGCCCGAGGCUCCACCAGGAGAACAACCACCAGGAGUCCUACCCCCUGUCCGUGUCUCCCAUGGAGAACAAUCACUGCCCGCCGUCCUCGGAGUCCCACCAGAAGCCAUCCAGCCCCCGGCAGGAGAGCACCCGCGUGAUCCAGCUGAUGCCCAGCCCCAUCAUGCACCCCUUGAUCCUGAACCCCCGGCACUCGUUGGAUUUCAAACAGUCCCGUCUGUCCGAGGACGGGCUGCACAGGGAAGGCAAGCCCAUCAACCUUUCCCACCGGGAGGACCUGGCCUAUAUGAACCACAUCAUGGUCUCCGUCUCGCCACCUGAGGAGCACGCCAUGCCCAUUGGGAGAAUAGCAGACUGCCAUACUGCUUUGGAUUACGUCUAUCAAUUGCUGUCUGACAGCCGGUACGAAAACUUCAUUCGAUGGGAAGACAAAGAAUCCAAAAUAUAUCGGAUAGUGGAUCCCAACGGCCUGGCUCGACUGUGGGGGGAACCAUAAAACAGAACAAAUAUGACCUAUGAGAAAAUGUCCCGAGCCCUGCGCCACUACUACAAACUAAACAUUAUCAGGAAGGAGCCCGGACAAAGGCUGCUGUUCAGGUUCAUGAAAACCCCUGAUGAAAUCAUGAGUGGCCGGACCGAUCGCCUGGAGCACCUGGAGUCCCAGGAGCUGGACGAACAGAUUUACCAGGAGGAUGAAUGCUGAGACCCACAUCUGCCACCUCUGUGCCGGGAGCCACUGCCCCCUCGGGAUUGCUGGACGCGUGCUGAGUUGGAGCAGGCGAGCUGAGGAGAGGAAAAAAGAAGCCCCACUUGUCUUGCAUCCCAGGAGGGACCCCAGAGCACCUUAAGACAACCCCUUCCUCCCAGCCUCUCAAGGCAGGGCUGGGUCACAGCCCAGAGGGCAGGAGCCUGGGACUUGCAUUGGCCGGUUCCUUGUCACUUGGAACCUCGCCCUGGUCACUUCGCCUCCCCUCCUGCCUGUUGUUAGUUUCAUGGUGUUUUGGUUUUGUUGUUUUGGGGUUUUUGUCCCCCCCCCCUUUUUUUUUUUUUAGAAAAAAGUUUUACUUUUCAACAUUCAUGUAGGGGAAGACAUCCCAGGUUGUUUUCCUAUGGAAAUAUAUACCUAUUAUAUAUAUA